AUGGAGACAAGGGAAGAGGGGCAGAUAUGCGAUGCGACACAGCUUGAUCAAAACCGGUUUAAUAUUUGGAGCACCAUAGGUAUCCAAUUUUCAGUUACUGCAGCACCACUUGCAAUUGUCAGCUAUACCACACUCAUAACCGGGGUCGGAGGCAGUCCUUUCUACUUCUGGGGAUUCCUAGUUGCAGCAAUUGGCCAAAUACUCGUGGCUGUAAGCUUGGCAGAACUCGCGAGUGCCUAUCCACAUACUUCUGGGCAAAUAUUUUGGACCGCCACCCUAAGCUCCCGCCAACAAGCGCCCUUUUUAAGUUAUUUCAAUGGUAUAAUGACCACAUUUGGAUGGACUUUCGCUGCAUCUGGCAACGCCGUAUUUGCGGCAGAAUUCUUCGCUAGCUUUGGGCAGUUGGUCUCGGAAGCAUACAAGCCUACCUCAUGGCAGAUAUUUCUGCUAGGCCUUGCUAGCAUAAUAGUGGCAUUAUUACUCAACACGCUGCUCAUUAAAUGCCUUCCUGGCCUAACAAUAUUUAUGGUAGUUUUUUUGAACGUGGCUGCACUGUUUAUCUGCAUCACCUUGCUCGCUGUCGUACAACCAAGAGCAUCUGCAAACACAGCAUUUCUUGACGUUGUUAACGAAACUGGGUGGUCCUCUGAGGGGCUGGUUUUCUUUCUUGGCCUUCUUCCUGGCAUGAUGACCGUCUGCCUUUUUGAUACAGCAGCCCACAUGGCGGAAGAGCUCCCCCACCCCGAGCGUCAAGUACCAAUUGUGAUGAUUACCAAUUCUAUUCUUUCUGCAUUGGGUGGUUUGUUGAUGGUGAUUUGCCUAAUAUUCUGCACCACUCAUCCGGAGAAUCUUCUUCAACCAUUGGCAGGUAUGCCAAUAAUUCAAAUUUGCUGGGACGCUUUGCCAUCGACGGCAUUCGUGGUUGUCAUAUGUCUCAUAUACUGCUUUAUGACCCUUAAUGGCCUGGUCAGCAUUAUCACAGGUUGCAGCAGGAGCUGGUGGCUUACCGAUGCGAAAUCUGCUAUCUGA